AUGGUUUACAUAUUGAACGUAGCUGAAAAAAAUGAUGCUGCUAAAUCCAUUGCUUAUUAUAUGUCGAAUGGAAAGUUUAAAAAAAGAGAGGGGUUUUCUAAAUUUAAUAAAAUAUAUGAAUAUGAUUAUCAACUAUUUAAUCAAAAUUGCAAAAUGGUUAUGACAUCUGUAUCAGGACAUUUAAUGAAUUAUGUAUUUCCAGAUAGAUAUAAGAAAUGGUUCUCAUGUUCACCCUUGGUAUUAUUUGAUGCCCCUAUAGAGAAAAAAGUAAUCCAGGAUGGUUUAAAUAUCGAAAAAACUUUAAAGCAUGAAAUUCUUAAAUGCAAAUAUUUAAUUAUAUGGACUGAUUGUGAUAGAGAAGGAGAAAAUAUAGGAUGUGAAAUUGUAAAAGUAUGUGAAUCUGUAAAACAAGCAUUACAAAUUUAUAGAGCCACAUUUUCUGAAAUAACUUCUAAAUCAAUAUCAAGGGCUUGUGAGACUUUAGGUCAACUCAAUUUAAAAGUCAACAAUGCUGUUGAUGCACGACAAGAAUUUGAUUUAAGGAUAGGCGCAGCCUUCACGCGUUUUCAAACUUUGAGGUUUCAAAAAGUGUUCCCUCAUGACCUGAAAGAAAGUUUAAUGAGUUACGGAAGCUGUCAAUUUCCCACCCUGGGUUUGGUUGUAGAGAGGUACAAGGAGGCUGAGAACUUCAUAUCGGAACCAUUUUGGAAGAUAAGUAUGACUUACUUGAACCCCGACAACAACAAAGAAAUCGAAUUUUUGUGGAAAAGGGUCAAGGUGUUCGACCACAGUGCUUGCUUAGCGAUGUACAGUAUAUGUAUGGAAAAUUCUUUGGCCAAAGUAACCGACAUUAAAAGCAAACCCAAGUCUAAAUGGAGGCCCGUAGCCAUGGACACGAUAGCAUUGGAGAAGUUGGCGUCUCGAAAAUUGAGGAUCGGCGCUAAAGAGACGAUGACGAUCGCGGAAAAGCUCUAUCAAAAAGGUUUCAUAAGUUACCCGAGAACGGAGACUAAUAUUUUCCCUAAAGAAUUGUCCCUCAAGCCUUUGAUCCAAGCUCAAGUCAAUGAUGCUAGAUGGGGAGAUUUCGCUAGUCGCUUAUUAAACGAUAUAGGUGACAAUUAUCCUAUGCCCAGAAAUGGGAUCAAAACAGACAAGGCCCACCCUCCCAUUCAUCCCAUCAAAUAUUCCAAUUCUUUGGAAGGUAAGGAAGCCCAAAUUUACGAACUCGUAACCCGCCACUUUUUAGCUUGUUGCAGCAAAGACGCCCAAGCCCACGAAACCAUAAUAGAAUGUGUGAUAAACGACGCCGAAACUUUUACGACCAAAGGGCUCAUGAUACUCGAAAGAAAUUAUUUGGACGUUUAUUUCCCUUACGAGUCUUGGAAUGAUAAAAAUAUUCCAUACCUAAAUAUCGGCGACACAUUCUUUCCUAAAACACUGGAGAUGAAAGAGAGCAAGACUAAGCCUCCGCCAUUGUUAACGGAAUCGGACCUAAUCACCUUGAUGGAAAAACACGGCAUAGGAACCGAUGCCACCCACGCGGAACAUAUAGAAACCAUCAAAAAUAGGAGUUACGUUGGUUGCGUUCCUUUAAGCGGAAAUCAAUACGACAUUUCUAGAACGGACGGUUAUGAUCAAGGCGAAGACAAUGUGGCCGGCGAAGAGGAAGCGGGCGAAAUUCCAAGUGAUAACAGUUCUAAUAGCAAGAGAAAAAGGGGGCCCAAAAAAGCAAACUCGAACAAUAGUAUCAUGGGAUUCCUGCCUAGCAAAUUGGGUAUGGGUCUGGUAGAAGGUUAUAACGCCACUGGUUACCCCCUGGCUAAGCCUCAGCUUAGAUCGGAACUAGAGAGAGAUCUUAAGGCCAUAUGCGAAGGGACCAAGGAGAAGGAUGCCGUUCUCAAGCAUCAUUUAGAAAAUUAUAAAAAGGGGAGUUUAUAUUUUCAAUUUUUUAUUUUCGGCGAGAGGGGAGGGGGGCAUGGAAAUAUAUUUCAAGAAGUUCAAACGAAAGUCAAUAUGAUGGACCAAGCUUUAGCCAAUUACUUUGGAACGCCAACGACUCUAGAUCAAAAUUAUACGCAUACAGAAAAUAUGAGUAUCCCCUCCUUCACGCCCAAUAGUAUUAUUAGGCCAUGUCCCGCUUGUAACUCUGACAUGUAUAUCAAAAAAGUUCAACCCAAAUCAAAAGACGGAAUGACGACUCAAAUAGACCAAGAGACCCGCCACGACGAAAGGUUCCUCUUAUCCUGUUCGAAUUAUCCCGAUUGCAAGGCGUGUCUUUGGUUUCCCAAGCGUUCGAUUCUGGAUAUCAACGUUCCAGAUGAUUCCGGUUAUUGUGAUACCUGUCUACCCAAAAAUAAAUUCAAACUCGUCUGCUUCACUUUUGACCCCAAACACAUACCCGCCUUUUUGCCCCGUAAUUACACCACUUGUAUCGGCGGUUGCGACACUACACUUUCCGAUUUUCUGGAUUUGAAAUUCAACCACGUUAAUAAAAGUAAACCCGUUGAGAGCGUCUACAAGGACAACAUUCCUUCUCGUCAUCAAGGUGAUUUAUUUCACGAUUUCGAGAACGAAGAAUUUGGUGACCAACACGACGAUUUUGAGGCUGCUAUGAUGCAGAACGGGGAUGAACUAUGGGACGAUGAGAUCGAAUAUUUAUUGACGGAAGAAAGGCCUACUCAUUCCGGUAAUUUGAACGGAUUUAACGAUCGUAGUAAUAAUAACAAGGUAGAUCAUUCUUCGAGCUCGAAAGGCGGUUCGCACAAAGGUAAUGCCGUGAAUCAGAAUUACACCGAUGGAUCCAUGGGCAUUCAACGAGCCAGUAAUGCCUACUCUUUCUCCCAUAUGCCCCUCAGCACCAAUAAUAAGCUCAACACUUUACAAGAUAAUUACAAAUCUAAGCAAAACCCUUCCGCUGGAAGUGAUAUUUUGUGCAAAUGCGGCAACCAGGCCUUACUACUGACCACCAAAAAAGGCGCGAACAUAUGCCGACAGUUUUAUAAGUGCUCUGCUCGCGAUAUGGCAUCACAAUGUUCUUUUUUUCAGUGGGCGGAUGGUGUUACAAACGAUAAUGGGAGACCUUCAAGUUCUAAUUUUGAGCAGGUGAAUAGUUCAGGACAUGUUUCGGAUUAUGUCAAAAUGAAUAGACCCAGUGAAGGAAGUAGUGGCAGCCGUUCGUUUUCCAAUAUGUUUUCAUCCUUCCAAGAGAAUUUUGACAUUUCUUCUCCUUCCACCCUUACCAAAAAUCACCCCGACUCAGCAUCUGACAAUCAAAAAAUCGUGAUGUGUAGUUGCAAUAACGAGGCCAUCAUGAGGACUGUCAUGAAGGACGGACCCAAUAAGGGUAAAAUAUUUUACACCUGCAACAAAAACAGAGAACUUCAAUGUGGCUUUUUCCUGUGGGCGCCCGAAGAUUCUAAUCUUAGAGAGGAUGCCUUUGACAACGAUGGCGACGAUUUCAAUUUGGGCGUGGAUAGUUAUAACAAUAAUAAAAAUAGGAGAUUCAGGAAUACCGCCAACUCAUCCACAAACCAGAACUAUAAAAAUGAAACGGGAAAAUUUAAACCAACUUUUAUUACGAGGAAAAAAUCGUGAAAACAUUUAUAUGGGGAGGUUCGUUCGUGUGCCUGCUCUACUCUUCAUUUAUUUAUUUUUUUACAAAUUAUACUUAAUUGUGAUAGAUUUGUCUAAAUUAUGAUAUAUAUAUUUUAGAAUUAUAUAAUGUGUUAUAGGGAG